CUUUAUUAAAUACCGAACAAAUUACUAGACAGUUGAUUCACGGAGGGUGUGCGACUGAUAAAUGGAUCGGCAAAGCGUGGUCGAGAAACUGUCAAUAAUUAAAUACACGUGAGACUCAUGUGAAGAUGAAAAUGACCACAACGAAAGAUAGUUGUGCUUCUAAAACGCCCACUGACCAACCCAACAAGAUCCUUUGCUGGGGAGCUAAUAGUUAUGGUCAGUUAAGUCUGGGUAAUAAAGAUGAUCAGUUAGAACCAAUACCAAUAGCAAAUUUACAAGACACAAAUAUUUUAUAUAUAACUGGUGGGGGUGGACAUUCUUUAGCAAUUACAGAUGAGAAUAAAUUAUUAGUUUGUGGAAGUAAUAGUAGAGGACAACUUGGAUUAGGUCAUACAGAAGAUAUAACUGUAUUAACUUCUCUACCAGAAUUUCAUAAUAAACCUAUAAAUCAAGUUGUUGGUGGAUGGGAUUUUACUCUUGCUGUAUCUGGUCAGCCUCAAGGAGAUGUUUUAUAUAGUUGGGGUUCUAAUAGUUUUAAUCAACUUGGUAGAUCUUCUCAACCUAACAACUUCAGUCCUAUACCAGGUAUUAUUAGUUUACCAAGUGGCACUAAGAAUGUAAAAAUAAAAAAUGUAACAGCUGGUCUUCGUCACUGUAUGGUAUUAACAGAGCAAGGGUGUGUGUUUACAUGGGGACACGGUAAAAAAGGUCAACUUGGCUACUUAUUGCCAGAUAAAUCAGCUCCUAAAUCUGUACAACAACCAACAAAAGUUGAAUUACCAGAGCCCAUUAUUAAAAUAUUCUGUGGUUCUUAUUAUAGUGGAGCAGUUUCAGAACAAGGUAAUCUGUAUUUAUGGGGAUGUAAUAAAUAUGGUCAACUUGCACAUGAUGUGACAAUUCUAACCUCAUCCAGUUUACCAAUUCAAAUAUCAAGCCAUAUAUUCAAGACAGGAAUAAAACAAAUCACCAGUGGUUGGACCCAUAUUUUAGUAUUAACAGAUGAUGGUAAUGUUUAUAGCUGGGGUAGAGGAGAUUAUGGUCAGUUGGGUAGAAAGAUCAGUAGAAUAUGUGACUUUACGCCAUCCAGAAUAGACAACAUGCAACCAAUACAAUAUAUAACUUGUGGUUCCGAACAUAAUCUAGCUAUAGACAGUUCAGGAAAUCUACUGAGUUGGGGAUGGAAUGAACAUGGUAUUUGUGGAACUGGUGACGAAAUUAAUAUUUAUAAACCUUCCGUCCCAAAUAAAUUAAUUGGCAUUAAUGUCAGACAUAUUGGCUGUGGUGCUGGUCAUUCAUUUGCAGUAGUAGAAGAGACUUGAAAGCCUACUGGAAUAUAUAAUGACCUUGUGUUUCCAUGUUCGAUUUAGAGUUGGCUGUAAAAGUUCUUCAGGAUUUUCCGGAGUGCCUUCCCCUUGUCAGAGAUAGAGAGAGAGAGAGAGAGAGAGAGAGAGAGAGAGAUUAACAUCCACUCGUCCACUCGACACAAACUAGGUCAUUUCGGGACUAACAUAUGGUUCAAUAAUUCCCUUGCACGUAGGGGUGUUUAGCAUUCAGAGGAAACUAGAGGACAGGCGGCCCUACUCCUUGUCACGUAUAACGUGCUAACCAUUCGGCCAUCCAAACCCCAUAAUUUCGAUGGAUGUAAAGAACCAUUGACAGUUGCCUAUUUUCUUUAACCUGGUAAGUGCAGAUCAGUAGGACGUUAAUCCCCAUUUCAUUCAUUCCAUCUAAACAUUCAUCAGUAUGUGAGAGAGUGUAGAGGUCAAAUGAGCCUAUAAGAUCGGGCACAUAGAACUUCAAUAUAGUGUUUGCAUUCAUUUGACUGGAAGGUCAGUAACGACUUUACAUCUGUAAGCUUGAACAGGGUUAAGUUGAACAGUAUCUAUAAUACGGGUAAAAAUUAUAGAGCUAUUAAUAAAGAAUAUAAAUAAAUUGUGUUGAUUUCCUAAUUACCUAAUGUGUUAAAUUAUAAGCCU